CGAGCCAGGCCAGUUCCGACCAGCUAGCAGUUGAAACUGGAUUGGCAAGGUGGCCACACGUACCACGGGAGCAACUCCGCCGACGAAUAUGGACGACGAUACGGACAUCUUUAACAUUGACCCGAAGGAAGUAUGGCUGGAAAAGGAGGCCAUUGCUGGAUUCCGUGUGUGGCACAUCAUCGCCACCGUGCUGGGCAUCCUAAUGGGAAUAACGGUGAUGGUCUGUUGCUGCAUGAGGUUCCGGAUUCCACGCACCAAGCAGGAAAUCGAGGCGGACUACCAGCGGAAGCAGAUAACCAAGAAAUUCCGCGAGAAGCUCCAGCAGAUCAAGAACUCCGAAAUGGACGACAUGGAUCUACAGAAGGUUUGCGCCCACAUCCAGAACGAGUAUCUGAAUCUCCAGGCCAGCGUGGAGAGCAUGAACGAGAAGCAGAAUGUCAAGUUUAAGAUCUAAGUGCCUGUUAUAGUAUUUGUGCCGUGCCGUAGUUUAUAAUCGUUAUAUAAUCUUACAUCUAAUAAAUUAUACAAGCGAAUAAAAUAGAGAGAUUCCGGAUUAGUUUUAUAUUGCAAUUUGAUUCAAUCGUUUUUAUUAAUUCCGUUUUUGGAUUGCUUGAUGUAUCAAAGGUUGGUUUUUACGUUUUUAAAUGCGCUUUUCUAC